CACAAGUAUUAGUCAGUCAUCGUCUCCCACUCAACACAAUCUCCUCAGUCACUCAUGGCGACUCUCCCUCUCCCUCAAAUCUCCACGAUCUCUCUCCCUAAACCCUACCUAUCCAACACCUCCUCCUUCCCGUUUCGGAACGUGAGUCUCUCAACAAGAAAUCGCCGGAUUUUUCUCACCGGAGGAGUCGUUGCUCGUUCGUACAAAGUGGUGGUUGAGCAGGACGGAAAGACGACGGAGCUGGAGGUUGAACCGGACGAGACGAUUCUAUCGAAGGCUCUUGAGUCGGGGAUGGACGUGCCGUACGACUGCAAUCUCGGCGUUUGUAUGACUUGUCCGGCCAAACUCGUGACCGGAACGGUGGAUCAGAGCGACGGGAUGCUGAGCGAAGACGUGGUGGAACGUGGCUACGCGCUUCUUUGCGCGUCCUAUCCAACUUCGGAUUGUCACAUUAAGAUGAUCCCUGAAGAAGAGCUCUUGUCUCUCCAGCUCGCAACAGCUAACGACUAACAGUGGACGUUGGUGUAUGUUACGGUGUCGUUUUUUGCUUGCUUUUCAAACGUUCAAAAGGUGUCUAAUGAUAUUAGUCAUGCAGACUAUGUAGUGCUUGAUAUGAGUGUUGGCCUGUAGCCUUAUUGUAGUAAAAUGAUUAUCACAUACCAA